UCCUCUAGAGUUUCAUUCAAAGUUCCAAUCUUUAGCCCGUGACAAGGACAAAUGGGACAUUUCACGAAUAUUUCUGGGCCGAUAACCUGGUAUUGGAGUUGGUGACGCGAACAUUUGACCAACAGAACCACACGCCAUCAUCGCUGUUGAAAGUUUUGCUCUGAAAUUUGCUAAAAUUUCGAAAAUUUGAAUCAUUUUCAAAGGCCCAGUCGUUGAAAAUGCAUGAUUUUUGCUUCACAAUCCCAUAUGGGCUAAUGCUGGUGUGUGGUGGGAUCAUUGGAUACGCCAAGAAAGGCAGCACAGCCUCACUCGCCGGAGGCCUUGGCACCGGAUUCUUGCUCAUUCUCACCGGUUAUCUCAGCCUCCAAGCUUUCCACAAACGCAAAAACUCUUAUUUUGCCUUGAUUAUUGAAACCGCUUGUGCUGCCAUACUGACUUGGGUCAUGGGACAGCGUUACAUGCAAACUUCAAAGAUAAUGCCAGCUGGUAUUGUUGCUGGGAUCAGGGUGAUUUCACCUAACGUUGCUGAAGGUUUGCUAUCUAAUCUCGUCUGCAGCGGCUUGAUGACCAUAUUUUAUCUGUACAAGAUUGUGACCGGUGGAAACCAUUUCCCGCCCAAGACUGAGUGAUGGCAUGGAACAUCUCUUCCUCUAUUGAUUCUGUUACUGUAUCCACUGAGCAUUGCCACCCAAAAACAUGGAUUUGUCGAUAUUGCUGGUUAAGCCCUUUUUUAUUCUGUUCUCUAGAUAGAAUGAUUGUAUUAAAAGAGGAAUGCCAGUAUUUUCCUGACUGUUAAUGUUUCUGGUAGAUCUUGUAUUGUCUACUGUUAACUAAUAUUCGAAUUCUGUAAAGAACUCAACAUGCAAUACUUUAGUACAAUUGAGGAAAUACUUAUUUUUUAGUACUUUUUU